UUAAAUUUCUUAUCUAUUUUAUCAGCUUUUACCAAUGCAUGAAGGCUAUUGAAAUAUUACAGUUGGACUUGCUCAUGAAGAUCAUAUCUUAGUGGUUUAUGAAUACAUGCAUAUUGUACAUAUUGAUCUUUAGAUAAAACGCAUUAAAUUAUAGCACGUAACAUGUUUAAACUGACAAAGUGAUUUUCUGAAAACGACACCUGCGUAGACUAGUACGGAAUUAUGUCGUUUGUUUUGGUAUGGAGUAAAUUUUACCAAAUUGCAAGAGUGUUUUAAAGUAUUGUUUAGGAAGUAAAGAAAAGAAAUUAAUGAAGACAUGAUUACUGAGGAAGACGAAUAUUUUCUGAGAGCCUCCAUUUUGCUACUGAAAGGAGGGCGAUUGAUGUCAAAAGAAACUUUGUACAAAGAACUGCAAAAGACGGGUGGAAAUCUGGAUGUACUUCUUAAACAACACGAAAGAAAAUUCAAGCACAGAUUUGUAAAGAAAGAGAGGGAGAAAUUGUUUCCAACAGCUGGAGUAACCGACGUAGAAACAUGGGAUUUAGCCAUGCUUACAACGGUGUCACUGACGGUGUUUAAACAGUCACUUAAUGACGAUGAGAAAAAUGACUUAAAGUCUAUAAAGUAUAUGAGGGAUGAAAUUUACGCCCAUACUCAUUCUUCUUCGCUAAGCGCCGAUCAAUACGAAGAAAUCCGAAAGAAAUUACAAAACGCACUUACUUCAUUGUCGAAUGGGUUAAGCGAAAAGCUUAAAGACGAAUGUUCUAAGAUCAUUCAGGAAUGCACAACCGGUCCUAUCAGCCCAUCGUUAGAAGCAGAACUUACGACACUGAUAGAAGAUACAGAACACUCAUUUCAGGCUGUAAUGAACAAAUUGAGACAGAACAACGACCUUCUUCAUGAAAUAUUGCGAAUAAUGAGAAGACAGUCGCCUGAAGACCAAAGUAAAAGAAAAAUAAAAGCGAUAGAUUCAGAGCUUACGUUAAGCGGAGCUGCCAAUAAAAAAGAGGACUUAGACUGUGUUGAGAAUAUAAUAACAACUGUAAUAAAUAAAGCAAUAAAAAAAGUCAAGGAAAAAGACUAUCCUAAAAUACGCAGUGCAGUUGAUAAGAUUCUUAGAGACAUUGAAAGCAUGCCUGAUGUGGACCUUUUACAUGCAGAACACAAGUGCAUUAUUCUGAAAUUCAAAUGCACAACUUAUGCCGGUGUGUUAAAUAUACUUAUGUAUUUGGAGAGCGAAAGCUUCCUCGAUUCUCUCAACGAUCUUGCUCAGACACUGAAUACUAUUCCGUGUAGGGCGAUCGGGCCAUUUAAACUAGAGGCAAGAGUUACAACGAAAUGCAUGAAAGAUCUUCUAGAUGAACUGAGAGCUGAAAUUGUGGAAACAACAAUUUAUAAACGUACCAUUCGAAUGCCGAUAGAGGUUAAAUCGGUACAAGGAAUUAAACACAUAUGGAAGCUGUUUGAAAGUGGUGGGGCUACAAAUGGUCUAAACGAAUUAUCAGAAGCAGUAUCUGAAGAGUUACAUACAAGAAUAACAAUUACACCUUCUCUCAAUUUAGAGCAGGUACAUGCAGCUAUUAAAGGAGGUAAAUGUAAUAAAAUUUUAGCAAUAUGACUGUUAAUACUAUACAAUUUUUGAUUGUCGUUUUCAUUAGGUUAGGGUUUAAACUAUUUACCGGUCAGUAGCAACUAUCGACUGGUGAUGUAUAUAAGGAAGCAUGUAAUAAUAAUG